CUGUGUCUGGAUGCUGACGGCGGUCACGCUAAGGUGUCAGGCGACCGGCCAUGAGAACACGGAAGUGGAGGGAAAUUCCGAGGAUUCUGUCAUCGACGACACGACCGAGGAUUAUUGGGCGGGCAGCGGAUCGGGACCCGACGAGGAUGAGUCCUCCUCCCCUGCCUCUCACAACGAAACCAGAGAAGCGUUAACUCACGAGGCCAGCGACCACGAUGCUGUCGUGUACGUUGGCGAUGGCGCCGGUUACGUGCCAGUUCCCUCGUUGAAGACUCGACCGUUGAAUCCGAAUCUUCAGGCUCUUCAAACUCUUCAAGGCUUGCAGGCCCUCUCCGGAAACGGAGGUACAGGCGCAGUCGGCGACGAUGACUGGAGGAGACAUCCAGAAACCUGGGACCGCGAGCACCGAAGAUACAGGCCCAACACGACGAGAGUGCAACAUAUCGAGGCGGAAUGUCAAGACGACUACAUGAAAAUCAGGAUCGGAUUCAACGGAUCCUUCACCGGCCUCUUGUAUUCAGCAGGCUACUCGUACGAUCCCGAUUGCAUGUACGUUAAUGGGACGGGCCGCGACUACUACGAGUUCUACAUUCAGCUGAAUCGGUGCGGCACCCUCGGCGAGAACACUCAUCAUCAGGACAGCAGGAAGAAUCCGACGAAAAAUCUCAUGUGGAACACGGUCACGGUGCAGUACAAUCCAUUGAUAGAGGAGGAAUUCGACGAACACUUCAAGGUGACGUGCGAGUACGGCUACGACUUUUGGAAGACGGUGACGUUCCCCUUCCUCGACGUCGAGGUCGCCACGGGAAAUCCCGUAGUCUUCACCCUCCAGCCUCCGGAGUGCUACAUGGAAAUCAGAUACGGUUACGGGACCACUGGAACUAGAGUGGCUGGACCAGUUCGCGUCGGCGAUCCCCUGACUCUCAUUAUCUACAUGCGCAGCAAAUACGAUGGUUUUGAUAUCGUCGUAAACGACUGUUACGCUCAUAAUGGCGGGAAUAAAAGGAUUCAGUUAAUCGAUCAAUACGGAUGUCCGGUGGAUGACAAACUGAUCAGUCGAUUUCGUGGUUCCUGGUCGGAGAGCGGCCUGUUCGAGACGCAGGUCUUCGCGUACAUGAAGACCUUCAGGUUUACGGGAUCGCCGGCUCUGUAUAUCGAAUGCGACGUUCGCAUGUGCCACGGAAGAUGUCCGAGUCAACCUUGCCACUGGAGAAAUGCGAAGAAUGUGGUGAAGCGAUCGGUACCGGAAAUCGAUGAGCUGUCGACGCCGGCAACUGGUUUGUCAGAAUCUCGUCCAGUGAAUCUCUUCCAGUCUCUUCGCGUUCUUCAGGAAGGCGAGGCGGACACGGAACUGUUCCAGAAUUCCACCAGCCUCUCUCGCACCGGAUUUAGCGAGCCGACCGACAGAGUAUGUUUGAGAUCUACGGUGGCCAGUACAGUAGUGGGACUCGGCUGUGGUUUCUUCUGUAUCAUGGCCGGUACGAUACUAGCCAUGUGUUCGCGAAUGCGACGGCAAGCGCGAGAAAAAUUAUUGUCGGACAGUAUAAGCUACAUGACGCACAAAGGCCGGAUCAACUAGGGCUAACAUUUCUAGCAUGCGGAGGUCUAUUUCUUCUCGCUUCAUCCCCAUCAGUUGCGAUGUCCUCGCAUCGUUCGCAUGGAGCUGGGCUAAGGACUGGCUCCGCCGGUAAUAUAAGAAUGCGUCGAUAAGAUAGAAAAUGGUCGAUAUAAAUGACUGAACUUUGCGCUAUAACUGAUAAGUCGACAUUGGCUGAUAAAGAUGCAACGCGCGGUAAUAAAUUUUUUCUUUCUUUUUUUUUUAUAUAAAUCGAAAGAAAAUCAGAUUUGUAAACGAUUUUAGAAAAACAUUGUUGCGUACUCUACUCGUCUCUCUAUUAACUUCUUAAGAUAAGCAUGGGAUUGACACAAUGCGAAGUGCCUUACGUAUUUUGAUAGUCGUUGAUAAUUCAGGCUCCCAUGGAUAUAAUAGGUCUCAUCGAUCCUCUGUGUGCAAACGCUUUUUUUUUACAUAUAAAUAAUAUUCGCUGCUAUACUCUCGCUUCUCUUACUUAACGAAGUGUUAAUCGAUACUCAUUCGUCAAUUGAUGUAUAUGUCGCGAGUGAGGUAUCCGUAGCGAAUUAUCGCUCAUCGAUAACUAGAGGUAGAAGUCGUCGAUAUUGCCACGAUCUCGGUGCCGAAUGUGCGAUCAGCAGAUCGAAGACAUCGAUCUUCACUUCGGCGAUCGGUAAUUUAACACAGUUUACUUGCGAUCCGACAUGAUGUCUUCUUUUUUUUUUUAUUGCUUACUUCGAUCUCGCAUACGGCACAUUUAGAGAUCAAAACAAACACGUAACGUCAGUAACGACGCUUAAUUGCCGUUGAUAAGAUUCAGUACUUAUAUGUGUCUUUAUCUGUGACAUUACUCGCCAUAUUCAGGAACGUGAAAACAAUUUUAGCGAUUCAGUUUACUCAAUAAAACGAUUCAUACGUAAAAUAAAUUAAUAGAAAGAACAUUUAAUAUUUAA